AAUUAUUUCAUGUUUUCACAACUGAUUUUCUCAGUUCAUCAAACCAAAAGAUAUUGCCCUCUCCACUGAAGUUCUUGGAGAUACUAUCAAAAUUAAGCAACAGAACUUGUGGGAGAUCAAGUUGAAUGUUAGAACAGGAAUGCUCGAAAGCUGGAAGGUUGAAGGAGCCCCAAUCAUGAAUAAAGGAAUAUUUCCAUGCUUCUGGCGAGCACCUACUGAUAAUGAUAAAGGGGGAGAACAAACUAGUUACUGCUCCCGGUGGAAAGCUGCCCAUAUUGAUAGCCUCUCUUUUGUUACAAAAAGUUGUUCUAUAGAGAGUCCAGCAGACAAUCUCGUGAAAAUAGUAGUUGUUUACCUUGGUGUGUUGAAGAGUGAGGAUGGCUCUUUUGAAGAGGGAAAAUCAAAUGCUCUAUUCAAUAUUGACAUGAUUUAUACAAUUUAUGGUUCUGGAGACAUCAUUGUCGAAUCCAGUGUAAAACCCAAUUCUGAUCUUCCUCCUUUACCGCGCAUUGGAGUUGAAUUCCACCUAGAGAAAUCAGUGGAUCAAAUCAAAUGGUAUGGAAGAGGACCAUUCGAGUGUUAUCCAGAUCGGAAAGCCUCUGCCCACAUUGGAUUCUAUGAGCAAAGCGUGGCUGGCAUGCAUGUUCCUUACAUUGUUCCUGGGGAAAGUGGGGGCAAGGCAGAUGUCAGGUGGGUGACAUUUCAAAACAAAGAUGGACUUGGAAUUUAUGCUUCAGUUUAUGGCAACUCUCCACCUAUGCAAAUGAGUGCAAGUUACUACAAAACAGCAGAGCUUGAACGCGCAACACAUAUUGAAGAACUAAUCAAGGGGGAUGACAUCGAGGUGCACCUUGAUCAUAAACAUAUGGGUUUGGGUGGAGAUGAUAGCUGGACACCCUCCGUUCAUGAGAAGUAUCUAGUUCCUCCUGUGCCAUACUCCUACUCUAUCAGGUUGUGUCCCAUCACAGCUGCCACCUCCGGCUAUGACAUCUAUAAAUCUCAACUUCAGAAUUGAAUCCUGUUUUUCAGCUAAAUGCUUUCUUAAGGAUUCGACGAUAUUACUUUAUUUGACCAUGUAAUAUAUAUUUUCCUAGAGAUAACCUCCAUGUAGUUUGGCCUCUAGAAAUAAAAACUCAAUGAAUGUGAAACCAUAUUUUAUUACUUUUUUUUUUUCUUUUUGAAUAACAUGCGUUUUUUUGG